AUGGCGGAUCACUCUACGGACGCAAUAGAUAUUCACUCCGACGACGAGCGGAAACCUUCACUAUCCGCCUUGGAUACUGAUGAGCAGGCCUCUCGUCGGACAGUUAAGAUCAACCCGAUACCAGAAUUUGGUCCAAAGCAACCGAUGCCCGAGCAUCUCGUUGACAUCCUCGAAGAAUGGCACAAGCAGAAUGGUCGUAAGCCCCCGCGGUGCGCAUAUGCAAACAACAAAGGAACGUACAAGUGGAAGGUCUUUGACCGGGAGGGCAAGGAGUUGGAACUUUCAAAAUUCGAGAUCCUCUCUCCGUGCGCGUACUCGGUCCUCGUGCUGCAUUCGCCUGACUUCCCGCAGAAGCUGGUCAGAAGCCGUUGGCCGCACUGGACGAAGCACGGAAGUUUCCUGAUCGCGUGGCAGGGUGUGACCAAAGGAUUCGAGGCCAAAUGCUGUGCCAUUCGUGUUUUUGCUCCGAAGCCGGAGAAGAUCGCCUACUCUCAGGAUGUCUGGAAGGUCACAAUCCCCGAUCUGGACAAAGAGGGUGAGGGUAUCAAGAAGAGGCCCCUGCCAGUAGCCACGGCUCCAUCUCAGCCGCGCAUACGGAACCGGGGACAAGAGCGGGAACGAGAAAAGGAGCCGGAAAUGAGGAAGAGGGUGAGCCGCCCCAAGCGCGAGGUCGCGACCAGCAGUUCGAACUCUGGGGAUGCUUCAGAGUCAUCUGAUGAAACAGACUCAUCGGCAGAAGAAUCCUCGGACGCUUCAUCAUCGUCCGAAGAGGACGAAGAGGAAAACGUCACUGUACCAAUUGCCAAGAGGCGCAGGCUCCAACAACAAACAUCUACUACCCUAGUGAGAACUCGCAAGGCGACCGACCCGGUCAAAGCAACCAACCCGGCCAAGGUGACUUUCAAGCUUGUCUCCUACAGGUCGGGCGCUAUUCGUGCCUUUCCCCUAGACGAAUGCAAGACCGGGAGAGAUCUUUUCGACAAGGCACGGACAUUUUUCCGACUAUUCGACAAAAAUGUCGACGUCAAGAUUCUUUCGUGCCAGGUAUCGUCUGAGCGGGCGCAACAUUUUCUUUUCGGCAGCGAGGGUGAGUUUGAGCUUCUCAUUAAACACGCCAAGGACGGCAAGAGCACAGAAGAUGGAACAGUUACCAUUGAAGUGAACCAUGUUCUAGAACCUUGA